AGAUUUCCUCUCCUUCCAUGUUGGCGAGAUUUUCCAAGUCGUAACAACCGAAAAAUAAAUUUAUGGCUUUCGCUUCGUUUCUUGGGAGAGUUCUCUUCGCCUCAAUCUUCAUACUCUCUGCUUACCAAGAAUUCAAUGAAUUUGGAGUAAAUGGAGGUCCAGCAGCAAAAGCUCUUGGACCAAAGUUCAAUGUCUUUGCAAGUCAUGUACACUCUAAUGUAGGCAUUCAGUUGCCACAAGUUGAAAUGAAACACCUAGUUGCUGCAGGUAUAGCUUUCAAGGGCAUUGGAGGUCUUCUUUUCAUCUUUGGAAUCUCUCUUGGAGCGUACCUCCUGCUUCUUUAUCAGAUGAUUGCCACCCCAAUUUUAUGCGAUUUCUACAACCAUGACAAUGAGGACAAAGAAUUCUAUCAACUUUUUAUCAAAUUUACACAGAAUAUGGCUCUAUUUGGUGCUCUGCUGUUCUUUAUUGGGAUGAAGAACUCAAUGCCAAGGAGACAGCCCAAGAAGAAGGUCCUAAAGACCAAGACCAGUUAGAAAAAAGAAUAGGUUAUCGAUUGCUUGAACAUCUUUCAUUAGUGAAAGCAUACGAGGAUUGGUUUUGGAUCUGUUUAUCAAACUCUUUUGUACCGUGCUAAUAGCACUGGACCUGACAUGUAUGAUCUAGAUGCAAUUUUCUCGUUCAACCCCUGUAUGAUUUUGGAAACUCAACCCCAUAUAUUUCAUGGGGAUAUAUUGUAUUUUCUUUUCUUCAAAUGAAUCUAAAAUGUCUUC